AUGGUUCGGCGCGUAAGGGUGCCGGAGGUGCUUUUUAGCUGCUCCCUUUGGCUCCUGCCGUGCAUCAUCGCCGCACAAGAGAUCACCACCCAAGGUGAUGCAAACUCCACCAACAGCACACCAAACUGUACAGAGAACUUCACUGCCUGGAAUGACACGAACUACACUGGAUUGCCACCUUGUCCAGAAGCCCCGGAACCUCCGUGUUACACGGACAAGUGCUGGGGCACGGUAGCCAGAGAGGCGAGAAAUUCAUGCAUGGAGUUAUCGAACUGGGGUGCAGAUGCCAGUCGUUGCCUCUUUUUCCAAGACUCCGCAUCACAAGUGUGUAACGCUACAUGUCAGGACUGCGCCCAGAUAGCAUCUGCCAUGUAUGAUGAAUGCCUUUUCACGUUGCUGGCUGCAACCGUCAACUAUGACGAUGCAAUACCCACAUGUGAGGGCCUCGCCGAGGAUUUCAAUAGGCUUCGAUGUCCAACUGCAUUGAUCGAAAUCACCUCAACCUGCUAUGGUGCUGAUAACGAUGCUUGCCAGGCUGAGUGUGGCAACUGGCACAAGUGCGACUGCUGGAAGCUGAGGGGACUUCCUGGCGAGCCGGACCGCUGUGAGGGUGAGACAGAGCUUUUGCGCUGGGAUGGCAUUCCGGACAACUGUGACCAGAUGCCACGGAGUUGCUUCAACCACAGACCGGGCACAUACUGUUCGACCUACAGACACUGCCCAGCCAACCUGUGUAUCAUCCAGGACAAGCAGUGCCCAUUGACGGACAGCUGUCAGGCCGUGGGAGUGUGCGCGCCGAGCGACGGCCAAUGCUACUACUCCACGCUUCCGGAUGGCACUCCGUGUGAUGAUGGCUUGUUCUAUACGCACACCGAUGUCUGCAUUGGGGCUGUGUGCCAGGGCAUUGAGGACAAGUGCAUCCGCCACGGAGUGACGUGUCAGACCUUGAACAACUGCCUCUUCCCAACAGACAAAGUCAGGAACUCCUGCGAUCCAUCGACCGGGAGCUGCGUCUUCGAAGCGAAGCCGGACGGUACUGCUUGCAGCAGCCAGCCAGGCGGCCUCAUAGAUGGUACCUGCGACGCUGGGCUGUGCCGGCGGACCGUGCUGAACAGAUGUGUCGGCAAAAUCUGUGCCAGCAAGGACUUCUGCUCAGGCGAAGCAGCUUGCGACCCAUGGACCGGCGACUGCAUCUUCACUCCGAAGCCAGAGGGCGAGGAGUGCGAUGAUGGCAAUCCCAAUACCUAUCGUGAUCGUUGUGUCGAGGGCCAGUGCAUUGGAGACGUUGUUGCUGAGCCGCUGUAUGCCUGGGUUGGCUGGGAGCGCUGUGACGGCGAGUCUGGCAUUGAUCCGAAUGUCGGACGAUAUUUUGGCAACACCCUUUCGGAGGACGAGUGCAAGGAACAAUGCUCUCAGGAUGCUUUGUGCCAGGCAUAUGCGUAUGGCUACUAUGUCUGCUACAUCUAUGGAGGCCAGCGAACAAUGGAUCCCAGCGAAGACUACUGGGGCAAGAAGUGGAUGCGCCUGGAACCGGCUGCCAUGCCCGUGAUCAAUCACGGCAUUUCCUGUCACCGCAAACAGGACAGCCAAGAAGAUCGGCCAUUCUUUGACGAGAAGGCUGCGUGGUUCUUCAUCACAGUGCUGAUUGUGGUCGUCUUGCCAGCGAUGUGGGGCUUGGUGAUGGUGUGGCGGCCACUUUCGCGAUCCUUCAGGUCUUUGACCGGCUGCUGCGGUGGCGCUCCGGAAGACGAGGAGUUUGAAGAAGCUGUGAAGGAAGGUGGCCCGAUGCGACAGACCCGCAAAGAUCAGCUGAAGAGAUCUGGGUCGCAGCUCUCCGCGCUCUCCGAGGGUAACUCUGACUCAAAGGUGCUGGCAUCCGGAGAGGUGUACUGGCCGGAGGAUGACCUCCCAUCAGAGACCAGCUCGAGAAUGAGCGUGGACGCUCUUGCUGAUCAUCCAUCCGCUGUGCCGUCGGACGACCUUGAGCAGGUAAAGCUGCACAAGGCGGCGGCUGCUGAGGGCCCUCGCUCGCCGAACGACCCUCGCGGCCAAGUGCAGGAGCUUGGGCAGCAGGGUUCGGCAGAAGAUCUCUCCACGGAGGCGAGCAAGACGAGCAAGGACGAGGCUGGCGAGGCAAAGGCGGCUUGA